GUAUCUGGUGGAAUGAAUAUUGAACGACGCACUUAAAUUUCGUGUUUUCUGAAUACAUAUUUUCUCUUGAGUUAUAUUUUUGUUAUGAAUUAAUUAACAAAAAAGAAACAAUAGCUGACACAAUGAAAAUAAUAAUUAUUUUAUUAUUAGGAAAUACAUUCAUAUAAAUAUAUAACUACAACCAAAUAAUGCCUUCAACAUGUGAAUUUCAAUUAAACAAUCCCAAUGCGGUUUACAAUAGUGGAGACACAGUAAGUGGUGCGAUUGUUUUGAACACAAACUCCCCCAAAGAUAUAAGAGAUAUUCGCAUAAUUUUCCGAGGCGAGGGAAAAGUAAGUUGGACUGAAACGGAGAGGCGUAGAAAAUCAGAUGGUACUUACACCAAUCACACGGUUCAGUAUAAAGCCCAUGAGUUGUAUAUUGACAAUACCACAACCGUAUGUGGUGAGGGAACUCUGCCGGCCGGCACUCAUACAUAUACAUUUCAAAUACUUCUACCGCUGCUUUGUCCCACCUCUUGCGAGGGUCGCUACGGUCACAUACGCUAUGAAUUGAUGCUUAAACUAAAUAGACCGUUUCGUUUCGAUAAUGAGUUUAGUAUACCGUUGACGGUACUUAAAUUGAUUGAUUUAAAUUUAAAUCCAGCUUUCCGGAUUCCCAUUGAAAGCGAGGAUGUUUUUAGUUCCUGCUGGUGGUGUUGUUCAAAUGGUACAGUUAAUACCACACUAACAAUCCCAUUCGGUGGCUAUGCCAUCGGUCAGAGUGUCAAGUACUCACUAUAUGUACAAAAUCAAUCAAUGGACGAUAUUGAAGGCUACACCAUCGAAUUUAAUCGGAAAAUAAUCUUUGUUGCCCGCACACCACAUCACAAGGUACGCGAAGAUAAAACCACUUUACAUAAGAAAUCAUAUGGCAUCCGCUGUUUACGUUUGACCACGCGUAUUUUUGAUGGCAAUUUUCUAAUAGUCUCCACACCUCCCACCACCGAGGGUGAGAGUAUUAUAAGUGUACGUUAUUCAAUAAAGGUGAUCUUAAAUAUGGCGGGUUGUAGUUCGGACAAUAGUAUGAGUGUACCAAUAGUUAUUGGUACAGUGCCACUGAGAGAGAGUAUGUUGACGGCAGUACCUUUGGAAACUAAUCGACUUAUUACAGUGGCACCCACAGCACCCGAACUACCUCAGGACGACCAAAGAGGCAAUGAUUUGCCACCUAGUUAUCAGGAAUUGGGACCUCCCUCAUUCGAAGAGGCUACACGCAGUAGUUCUCCCUUUAUAGAUACUGAUAGAAAUAAGCACAAUCGCCAUAUUGGUUUUCGGCCUUUAUAUCCCUCAUACUUGCAAAGUGAUGACUAGUUCAAUUACCUCAAAAUGUCUUCAAUAAUCAUUAUUCUAUGUAUUCGAAUAUGUACUACACUUAUAGAAAAUAUAUUUUUUAUAAUAUUUUAAAUAAAAACAAAUUAAUAUUUAUUUAUAAGCAGCA